GGACAUAAAGCGAGGAAAGCAAAGGGAGGGGGGGCGGCAGGAGGAAUAAGACAAGGGGACCCAGACUAAGAAGGAAGAUGGCUGAGCCGGAGCUGAAAUCACGAAGCAGCCGGGAGAGCGUUGCGAAGGCAGCGAGCCAGGAGAAGAUUGGAGGAGACCAAAAUCAAGAUGAUCUGAUUGGGGAGCAGCCAGCAUCCCCGUCCACCUCCAUGGUCCCCGAUCCCACCGCCACGAGCCCAACCACCGGCUCGCCUGCCAAGGGGGAGAAGAUCGUGCUCAAACGCAGCAUCACCCUCUUCAAUGGCGUGGGGAUGAUCAUAGGCACCAUCAUCGGCUCGGGCAUUUUCGUCACUCCAACGGGCGUGGUCAAGGAGACGGGUUCGGCCGGGCUCUCGCUCAUCGUCUGGUCCGCCUGUGGAGUGAUCUCCACCAUGGGCGCCCUGUGCUACGCUGAGCUUGGCACCACCAUCACCAAGUCGGGGGGAGACUACACUUACAUCCUGGAGGUGUACGGUGAGCUGGCAGCUUUUCUAAAGCUGUGGGUGGAGAUGCUCAUCAUCCGGCCGUCCUCGCAGUACGUGGUGUCGCUGGUGUUUGCCACCUACCUUCUGAAACCGCUGUACCCAAACUGCCCCGUGCCCGACAGCGCAGCCAAGCUCAUCGCCUGCCUGUGUCUAACCUCCCUGACGUUUGUGAACUGCAUCAGCGUGAGAGCGGCCACCAAGGUGCAGGACUUGUUCACAGCCUCCAAAUUACUAGCCCUGAUCAUCAUCAUCAUCUUUGGCUUCAUCCAAAUAUCCACAGGUGAUGUGCCGUACCUAACACCAGAAAGGGCAUUUGAAGGCAGCAAACUGGGAGUGGACAAUAUUGUCUUGGCUCUGUACAGCGGACUCUUUGCUUUUGGAGGCUGGAAUUACCUGAACUACGUGACCGAGGAGAUGAUCAAUCCAGAGAGGAACCUGCCCUUGUCCAUCAUCAUAUCCAUGCCUAUAGUAACGGUGGUGUACGUUCUGACCAACCUGGCCUACUUCACCACCAUCUCUCCUGAACUCAUGGUGGAGUCAGAGGCGGUUGCCGUGAGUUUUGGGGAGUACCACCUUGGUGUGAUGUCCUGGUUGAUUCCUGUCUUUGUAGGACUGUCCUGCUUUGGAGCCGUCAACGGAUCCCUGUUCACCUCAGCGAGGUUGUUUUACGCUGGAGCUCGAGAGGGUCAGCUCCCUGCUGCUCUGGGUUUGGUCCACACGGAUCUCUUCACACCAGUACCAUCCCUCAUUUUCACAUGUUUGCUGUCCAUGAUGUACGCCAUCUCGCGGGACAUCUUCUCUGUCAUCAAUCUUUUCAGCUUCUUCACCUGGCUGUGUGUUGGCAUGGCCAUUGCCGGCAUGCUCUGGCUGCGUUUUACCAAGCCCGACCUCAGAAGGCCCAUUAAGGUGUAUCUAUUCAUCCCAGUGACCUUUGUUUUGGGAUGUGUCUUCAUGAUCGUGGUGUCCUUCUGGGCAGCUCCGUUUGAGUGCCUGGUGGGCAGCGGCAUUAUUCUCACAGGCAUCCCGGCGUACCUGCUGGGCUUCAAGUGGAAGAAACCCCAUGUGGUCCAGAAGGUGCUGGAAAUCUUCACCAUGUUCUGUCAGAAGAUCUUCAUGUCGGUUCCUGAGGAGAAGGAGCAACAAGAGGCGGCUGAAUAACGCUUGAACAGCCGGAACAAGAUGAUGGACUGUCAAUGUUUGCUUGAACAUUUUUGAUAUGUACAUGUACAUUUAUUCACUUGUGAUUUGGCUGAAGCAAUUUAUUUCAUAAUGUUCCCUAACCAGGCAUGUGACUAUGGAACAAGUUAGUUAAUAAGGGCAGUUGACAUCUCUAAACGAGGGUUUAUGUAUGACAAAUUAUGAAGGCAUGUCUAGUGAACAUUAAGGAGGUCAUCAUGACCUGGUCCUGAAAUGUGUGCUGCCCACAGUGUUGCAAGCUGCAUUCAGAAACUCGAGUGGCUUAACAUACAAGUUGACUCAUUGUUCAGCCGAAGUGUGCACAUAAUAAAACAUGUGAUACCUUCAAACAACAUAGUCUAAGAUUGUUUACAGUUGUAUAGAUGUGGACGUUGCUGACCUGUGAGUUAAAUAUGAUAGAUAAGGCCAAGUAUGGAGGAGGCAAUGAUUAACUAGCACAACACUGAUUACAUUAAGUUCCUGUUACUCAUAUUUGUGUUAUUUUCUUUUAAAGUUGUAAUGUUUUCUUUUAUUCAGUAGGUAAAAAUGAAUCCACAGCAUUAGGUGAAACCACGAACUAAAAUGAGUGAGAUAAAUGAGUGUGUGUAAUAUUUCCUGAACGUAUGUCGCUGUGAAGCAGAUCUCUUUCUUGUACCAUUCUCACAUCAAAUAAUGUCAUGCAGUUCUUAAAAUGUGAUGGUAUUUUUAUGAAAUGACCGUGGUUACCAGCAGCUGUUUGUAAGGCAUUACGUGUCGUUCUGGUUGUACUUUAACCCUCCUAUUACUCUUAAGGUCAAUUUGACCCCAUUCAAUGUUUAACGUCUCUAAAUAGAUAAUUAACAUCAUUUUUUUAUUGGCUUUUCCUAAUCUAAUGGGUAAACAUAAAAUUAACAUGAUGAUAUGUUUUCAAUGUCUUGUACACACGUUGUACGCAUCCGUGUUCUUUGGGGUCAACUUGAGCCCAGACCGCUUUAGCUGUAUAAAAUGAAAUUGACCCCAAUGGUAAAAGAUGUUACUUAAUUUGAAAGUAACAGAAGGGUUAAAAACUUCAUUGUAGUGUUUUUUGUUGAUUGUAUGAUUUAUAUUUGCUAGCAAUUUUUAGUGGUACUGUUCUGUUUUUUGUUUUAUUAUCACUAUAAGACCAGAAUGUAUGUUGCAAAUUUAGCGACAUUCGCUUUGUUUUUAUAUUUUACCUAUAAAAUCUUACUUUCAAACUGAUUAUCUGAGGUUUUCAAGAGUUAUUGCAAGAACAUUGUACAUCUACUCAAGAUCCCGAGGAAAAAAGAGGGAAAUGAAGGAGGAUGGAGGUUGUUUGUUGAGAAUCCCCUGAAAAAACAGACCAUCACGGUUUUGCAGCACUGUCAACUAAAAUACAUUUUCUGAUAUUGAAAGACAUCCAAGAGAAAAAUGAAAUAUUUUCCGAAAAAAAAUAAGCAAAAGCUGUGCAGCAGAAUAUGCAAAAGUCUGCCGUUCGUAAGGUCGUAAGGUCAAUUUAGCUGUGAGGGAUUUCUGGAAGUUAGACCAAGUUCUCACAACAGAAUAGACAAUAAGAAUUAGACCUAGAGCAGCGGAAAGAAAUCAAUCUGGAAAUUUAGUGUGUUAUAGUAAAUAUUGAAGUACUUGUAUUAUUUAUUCAACAGCCAGGUAAAUACAAGCACAACAAUCAACAGUACAAUAAUGAAAUAAAUAAUUCUGAUAACAUUUAAACACAGGUUGUUUAAAAACACACAUUGUAUCAUUGAUUGACUAAACCCAUUUGUAUAUUUUACAUUAUGCACAACAUGUUGUAUCUCUGUGUAGAAAGUGCUACUCUGUGUAUGAAGGCCAGUUUGCCUAAUAAAAGGGUUCUGGAGUCAAAAACAAUAAUGGUCUUUUUUAUUUAAAAAAUGUAGGCUAAAUAUUGUAACUGUUGUUGUUUGCUGCCCAUGGACGGUACAUGUAACAAUAAACAUAUUUUUGUUCAAAGUUG